AUGAACACAACUGUGAUCUCCGGAGAAGGCACCACUUUCCAAGUUCAAGACGUCACCACUAGAGAUACCACUUGCUCCCCAGAUUCUCUUUUUUCCAGUAUCAGCAUCAGCAGCUCAGAAAACGAGAGAGAGACAUGGCACCACUCUGCCAACCCAAGAACUACCAUUCUCCUCUCAUUACUUUACCUGGCCCUCCUGACUUUCUUUGGCAGUGCAGUCCUCUUGGCAGAGAUGCGUCAUCACAACCCUCAAACACACAAUGUCCAGGGAUUUCUCACGGUGCUCAUGUUGUCCUCCUCAGCUUGGAUGCUAUGGUUUGCAUGGACAUCUGCCAAAAAUAAAAAAAUAAAAAUGUAUCAGGAUUACCAGGCUGGGGCUAGCUGGCUGAAAGGUGGAUUGUGCCUUUUUGCUCUGGCGACACUUGUCCUUGACUGUUUAACACUCGGGUAUUACUAUGAACUGCAUCAAUGUACCCCAGUAUUGGUGACUUCAUUCCCUAUUGUCCAGGCUGUCUUCACAGUGAUACAGGUCUCUCUUCUUUCAUUUUACGCCAAAAUCUGCAUACAGGAGAAGCAACAGUUAAACAGGUUCGGCCUUAUGCAUGCACUAGCGACAAAUAUAUUAAUGUGGAUGAGUGUUGUCCUAGACGAGUCUAUGAAGCACCUACAAGAAAUUUAUGAUAUUCAAAAAAAGAAGAUGAACAUCUUGGAACCAGCUGGCGUUCACGUAAACAGCUGUGUCUGCACCACAGACCUGUGCCACAUCUUCUCUGAAGGAGCAGACUACUUACACCCUUUCAAUAUAGAGUUUAGUCUCUUCUCGUCUACCAUGCUCUACGUCAUCUGGAAGAACACAGGGAAGACGGGCUGUACUGCAGCAGUCUCGGGGCACAGCAAAGGCACUCUUCAUAUUAAUGGAGCAUUCGUAGGUCUGAUCCUGGGAGCAUUUGCCAUCUCAGCCACUUUUGGAGUCAUGAUUAGCUUUGGCGUCCUUGCUAAGUCACCUGGGACUGUUCCUGAGGCGUUGCGUAUCUAUUACCUUUUCAACUCAGUCCUCCUGUCUGCAAUGUUCAUUGCCUCUGUCAUUGGCAUCAUAACAUGUAGGCUGCAGAAAGGUUUUCGCUUUGAUGACGUGUCUAAGAGCGUGGUGAGAAGCCUGGACAUAACUCUUCUUAUGGGAAGUUCUUGUGGUCCGUUAUUGGUAUCCGUUUUCUCCUUAGUGGCCAUAUUCUUCCUACACAUUGAAGGGAACCUAUACAUUCUGGAUCUCUGUUUUUCUCUCUGUAAAACCGUUCAAGUCCUUGGCCAGAAUCUUUUUAUAACAGAAGCCCUUUACUCUGGGCCGGCGCAGAAUACAACCACUGCAUCCAAUGCCUGGGUCUACUCCAUAUCCCAGGUUCCAGCCAAGGAGAGCAUAAAAGGUGAAAUAAGCAACUUGCCCGCUGAGUAUGACCAUGUAAGCUUAAACUCAGAGCAUGCAGCAAGCGUAAAGAUCUCCAAAACUUUGAUGGACUUUUGUACAGAUGUGCCAAAGAAUCGACAAUCUAGAACCAGUGUGGCAGAGAUUACCCACAACAGGCACAUUGUUAAGGAAGAGGACAAAGUACCAUUUAUUAGAACUAGAAGAAAGAUUUUGCAGAACAUAUCCAUCCUAUUAAUCUGCUACAACAUAUCGAGCUCCAACUCACCUGUAUACAGCAGAAAUAGCUCCAAACCUGCUAAACUCCCUCUAGUUGUGACUGCGGGCACAAUAAGAUCUCAAUGUCAUUCAGUCAAGUGUGCAGUAACAACAAUUGCUUUGUGUGAUCCACAGGUCUGGAUUUUAUACGCUUAUGGCACCCGGCCACACUUGGUGAGCCAAAUAGAGCAGUCCUUCUACGGCUUCACGCUCUGGGUCAUCAUUGUAAAAAUUUCUCUUCCGCUGGGCAUCUUCUAUCGUAUGCACUCUGUGGCCAGCUUGUUUGAAGCCUAUUGUAACAUAUGUGAAGCAACCGCCUGA